AUGUCACCGUUUAGAAGUUCUAUUGCAUCAACUUCCUACUCCCAACCCAGCAGUCAGGUGGGGAGAAAGUAUGCCACCCGUUCUAAACUUGGUGCAUCUGCGCCCCAUUUAGUCCUGAUGCCAGCCUCUAAACUUACUACCUCCAAGGGUAAACGGAAGGGUAAAACUCCAGUAAAGCGGGGCCUUGGUCAACUUAGUCAAUCUCCUACGGUGAGGAUGGAUUCCAGGAGAAGGCGACGAAUACCCUCGAGUUCGCACAGUGGUAGCAAUCGGCGUAAAUCACUACAUCGUUCAGUGGCAGAAACACCUAACUGGAAGAUGUCGCAACCCCGAUGGGAGCGUGCUCGGAUGGCAGCUGCGGAAAAAACAAAGGGUCGCGUGAGCCGUCGUAUUUUUGGACUAAUUAUUCUCUUAACAAGAUUGGAUGAGGAAUUCAUUCUUUUAAAGAUCUUAAUCGCAAAAGGAUUUUUAAAAAGUAUCGAUUUUGCAGCUUACAUCAGUGCGUUGGUGGUAGUGGCCGAGACCCCCAUAAAGCCCUCCGAACCGGGCUCAGUAAUGACGAGUCCCCUUCGUCGACUCCGGCGCGCCUCUUCUCUCCUCAACUUUAGGAGAGGUUAUUCGAGCAGUGGUGGUGCCGUUUCCUCCACUUCGACCUCCCGACUUAGCAUCAAGGCGGAGCAAUGGCAGCGACGUCUGAUGGAGGAAGAGGCGAGUUUGAGCCAAUUCAGUGGAGGGGAAAGCAGCCUCUCUCUCUCGACGUCUUCUUCGCAGUUUCAGCGUCGGUCCUCCAACCUCAUGGCGAAUUUUCUCUCUCUCCCUUCACCACAUUCUUCUGCUAAAGAUAAGCCGAAGCCGCCCCUUACUUCGGCGGUGUCAUCGCCUCCUGUGUUGAAUUUGUCAAUACUUAAAUCAGGGUUACCUCGACGACAGCCACCACCAGUGUCGUUUGAAGGUCUCUUUCAUGACCUGGAUGCUCCUUGUAGCACCACCACUAGCACUCAACCUAUGUUGAUAAAGACGCCGCUUAAGAGCAAACCAACUACGAGUGCCACUCCAAAGCGUCGUAAAGCAGGCCCAAGAGGGCAAGUGGCGGCAACAGAGGUACCCAUCUCUUCACACGUCUUCGACGAGGCUGCAAUGUUUCCUGGAGAAGGAGAGUUCUUCCAACGCCCUGUCACUGACCCUGAUAGCUCCAUGCUGCACGGGUAUGUUGGCGCCUUUUUGAAGAUCCUAAAAUGCCGUCACUCCUCCUUCAGAAAGAUCCAGUCCCUAGGAGGUGGGGAGUCCCACAUCACUCCAAGGAAAUGUGCUCCCAGUCCUUCGUCAACGAGUGAUGCCGAUGAGGACAACUUCAAACCGAACCUCCCGAAGGGGGUGGGAAUUACAAUAUUGGGGCUUCGGGAUCCUCUCACUCCCAUUGGCAAAACACGCAGUGUGUUGCGGUGUGAAACAUCCGCAUUAGUUCUCAAAGUUAGAUCUAGGGGACAACCCGUGAUGUGUGGUGGUGGCCCUUUUAUGACACCAAGAAAACAGACGCUCUGCUUGCACUCAUCAGGCUGUGGCAACAACGAGGAAUCACGGUCUGGUGCAGAAAAGGAGGGAGGUUAUGGCGUCUCAUCGGGUUUGCAAGAGCCCCUCAAUCCAACUUCUCAAACCAGUGGUCUAUUUCAGUCGGGACCAUUCGACGAUGUUCGAUUUGAUCUAACCUCUUGCUCAAAAAACUCUUUCAGAUGGAGUCUCAGUAAUCCUUCAGCUUCUGCUACCAAGGAAGAAGGUAUUCUGUCUUUCCAUCAAGUUACUACUAGGCGGAUUACACCUCGCAAAGGCCUCUUUCGCCCCACCUCCAGUUCGUCCCAGGAGUUGAGUCCUGGCGCCCCAUCAACUUCUGCUGCCAAGAGAGGAGGUAGUUUGCCUUUCCACCAGACCGCUACUAAGCGAACUACACCCCGAAAGGGUCUCUUUCGUUCUACUCCCAGUCCGCUCCGAGCGUUGAGUUCUGGCAUCCCAUCAACUUCUGCCGCCAAGAGAAGAGGUAGUUUACCUUUCCACCAGACAGCUGCUAAGCGAACCACACCUUGUAAAGGUCCCCUUCGUCCCACUAUUACUACUCCACCACCACCAUCUCAAGUCCAGGCCAACGUAGAGAAUCAAAAGGAAGAGAGAGCGUAUUCACCAAGAAGGCGUCUUCGAACACGCCGAUCCCUCUUUCGGUGA